ACCAACGAAUUGAAACGCCAACUGAGGCGCAGCUCUCAACAAAUGAUCGGCACUGAGGAUAUGUCCACAUCGGCUGGCAUGGAUAUAAGUGAAUCCUUUCGUGCGGAGGAUCUCUCGAAAACAGAUUUCUUCGAUUUUGUCACAGCUCCCGACAUGGGUAUAGGUAUUGGUGUGGGCGUCGGCGUCGAUGUCGGCGUCGGCGUCAGUCUACACCACCACACACAUCAGCAGCAACAGCCAGCGCAGCACAGUCACAACUCCAUGCACCAGCAGACGUCACAAAGCCAGCAACAACUAUGCGGCACACGCGCCAAUGCCAGCAGCAUGACGCACGAUGGCGGAGGCAAUGGAGGGGCUGGGAGUGGUCGCAAUGGCCACAACAACAAUGGCGGAGAUCCCACUUUACAGGGCUAUGAGUUCUGGCACAGCGACAAGGACGGCAGUCGGCUAGACUCCAGCUCUAUAUUUGAAGAUCUGGAUCGCUACUGCUGGCAGCAGCAACCAGUGACGGCCAGUGCCUCGUCCAGCAAUGGACGUAAUGGCAGCAAUGCCAACCAUCCCAGUCCUACAUCGCCCCUCGGCACACACCCGCAGCACCAGCAACAACAACAACAGCAUCAGCAGACCGCGCACCACCAGCCCAGCAACAUUAACAGCCCAGCGGGCGCCUCAUCUUCAGCCAGCGUUGCAGGUGGUAACGGCAGUGGCGGUGGAGGUGGUGGCGGCGGUGGCGGUGCUCCCAGUGGCGACACCAUUAGCAACAUUGAUAACACAGACGGCCAGAUCUACACACUAACAGUAUUAAAUGGCAGCGAGCCAUGGCUGAAGCGGGCCGAGGCCGAGCAGCUGCCAAGCGCACUUGAUCUCGACAGCCUGCUGGGCAGUUUUCCGGGCUACAUCAAAUCCGAGUAUCCCUACGAUGAUAGCGGAUUCACAGACGGCACCAAAGACGUUAUUGUCAAUGGUGGCGGCCCCGGCAGCGAUGCCAAUGGCCUGAGCAGUCUUGCCCACAGUUCCCAGCAUGGACAGACGUUACCCUCAUUGGUCACGGCCAUUUCCAUAGCAGGCAGCGGGAACAGUGGUGUGGCGGAUCUCGGCCAGCAGCUGGCGCAGUUCCAGAACAACAACAACGACUGGCACAUGGCCGAUCACAAUGCGGAACAGAAUUCGGCCGAGUCCUUGCUGCGCAGUGCGCUCCAAGGCAAGGGCUACACGAAAGGACUGCACAUGCAAAAUGGCAUUGCCAUGAUGCCCGGAUCGCCGUCGGUCAAAGAUGAGGAUAUGAGACGUCUGCUCUUCACACCCGAUGCUGCCGAUGCCUUGGGAUUUGCUGACUCUACGCUCAGCUCCGCCCAAAUGUUCGAGGAUGCGCAAUCGCUCAAUCAUGCCGGUGCCCAUUUGUUGGGCACGAGUGCUUCCAGUGCAUCUGGCCAUGCACAGCACAAUGGCAAUGGAGGUGGCGGCGGCGGCAUGCCCAGCAUCAUUGUCGAUGAUAUGUUCCUGUCGCUGGAGAAUGCUUUUAGCGAUGAUUUCGAGAAAAUAAAGCGCAUUGCGAACGAGGUGCAACAAUUUUGCAAUGCUGGCACGCCCACUUCAGGAGACUUUGGAGGCGGAGGUGGCUCGAAUGAUGUGCUAAUGCAAAUCUCGCCCAGCGCCACAGCCAGCUCAGCCAAUCAACUGCAGCCACCGCAACCACUGAAGCCAGAGGUCUCCACGUCCACGGCGACGACAACAUCCGCGGCCACAACGGGUGCGGGCGCAGUUGGACGCCUGACCGGAGUGAGCAAACCCAAAAAGCAAUACAAACGCACCAGCAGCAGCAACAGCAGUGGCAACAAUAACAACAACAAUAAUCCCCAUGUGCUUAAUCACAACAACAAUGCGGGCACAGUGCUGGGCGUGGUGAUGGGCAGCACCUCGAACAGCUCCAGCGGAGGCAGCAGCGGCAGCGCCAGCAGCAGCAGCAACAGUCCUCCCGCCAACUGCAAUGGCACGGGUGGUGGAGGAGGAGGAGGAGGGGGUGGCACUGUAAGUGGCGGUGGAGCCAGCAGUGGACAGCGCAAGGAACGCUCCCUGCACUACUGUUCCAUUUGCUCCAAGGGCUUCAAGGAUAAGUACUCCGUCAAUGUCCACAUACGGACGCAUACGGGCGAGAAACCCUUCGCCUGCUCCCUGUGCGGCAAAAGCUUUCGCCAGAAAGCCCAUCUGGCCAAGCACUAUCAGACGCAUAUGACGCAGAAGAAUAAUGGUAGCCUGAUCAAAGGCAGCGGCUCCAAGCAUCAGCGAUCGAGUGCUGCCGCCAACAGCAACAACAACAGCAACAACACUACGACAGCGCAACAGCAGCGGCAGCUCAGCAGCGUUGCCACAUCGAUUCCCAAUCUGGGAGGUGUGAUGAGUUCUGGCGUCGUACUCAAUAGCCCGAAUGCGGCUCACACUGGAGUGCUGCCACCUGCUAAUGGCCUGCUCACCAAUCGGUAA